GUACUGUUAGUACAUAGUGAGGAUAACGAGAUGAAGCCCAAAACAGGGUUCCUGUCUCUUGCUGAAGAACUUUUGUUUUACAUUCUGAGCUUCCUUCCUUACCGAGAUAUUCUUCGGUGUACAUCUAUAUGUAGAACCCUUCGCAAGACGUACUUGUCCUCCUCCGAACUUCAGUACAUCGUUGAAAUAAGUGGACAACAGUUGCUCGCUAUCCCCAACACGGACAAUAGCAUACCUAUUUCUAAGCGUCUGCAACUUUUGAGAGACAAAGCUCACGCAUGGUUCAAGGUUGACACCCACUCUUUCGAAACGGUCACCAUAAUAAGGGCACCGCUAUCUCGAGAAAACAUUGUUGCUAAUGGGCAUUUCUGCUUGUGGAACACACACGAAGAUACGGCCAUGAUUUUUCCGAUACUUCCAAAGCCCUCACAACAGUCAAUCCAGCGAAACUGGCUUCCAGGAACGUUGUGUUCGGUUCCACACUCAUACAACCUUGAUGUUUUUAUGGACCCAGCACAAAACCUGAUCGCUGUCGCUUAUGUUGUUCAUCGCAAGACCGUCUAUAUUAACCUUGGAGCCCUAGAUGGUGAUGGCGUUCACCCUCAGGCUGCUGGAGAGAGACUGUUUCUGUCGGACGACUCGGAAAACCACUCUGAAACGACAAAUGCGAAGCUCAAAGGUUUUGGGAGGCAUAUCGCUCUGUCGCGUUGCUUGGAUGAUGAAAAUUGGACUUCGUUGGACAGUGUGUGGCAGCUGCAGAUUUGGGACUGGAAAUACUCGACAACAUCCAGUAGCAUCCUCAGUGGUGCAGUACCCAACCGAUCCCGCGCCACAAUUGAUUUCUGUUUCCUCGGCAACAAUCGACUACUGGUUAUAACCGAUAACUUGAAUCUCUAUUCAAUUGAGAACAUGUCCCAGACGCCGGAAUUGCUGGCAUGUUUCCUGAUGCCCAUCCCAUUGAUGCUACGAUGCCUUUCUCCGAUAGAUGAUAUUGGGUAUAGCUCACAGCCGCAUAUGCAAGCCCAAGCGACGAUGUGCACUUCAGACCCUACACAUCGACUCAUAUGCUUUACUGUGCUUUCUACUCGUGCCGGUUUAUUUUUCAGUACUCAAGUCUUCAUCAUUUCCACGAGGAUUUUCUUCGACCUUAACGAAAUGGUAGCAGCAACGCCAAUACCAUGGCAACAUUGGGGCCCUUCAAAUACUCGUAUCUUCCGGCACCCAUCUCAUUUCAAAAUUCACAUUAACGGAAAUCGAGUCUUGCAGACACUCCCUGUCGGCACGCACAACUCGCAGUUUAUAUUACAUCUAAUGGACUUUAGCCCGUUAGCUGUGACAAACAGGCGGGGUCUGGGACGAGUGGUGAAAGAGCCGUCCACGACAUACAUCAGUGCCGGUGGAUUUGGAGAGAGCUUGACAACAUCUCUGCCUUACGUCCAGGUCCUAUUUUCGGACAGAAAGUUUGAUUGUGCUAAUUCAGAGUUGGAGGACAUGUGGAUCGACAAGGAGAGGAUUUAUGUGCUCACUGCAGACGUGGAACGCGCGACGUUCGAUGGCGAUCCGAAUUUACUAACAAGCCCUAUUGACAAACUUGAGGCCAUUGACGUCUAGCCUAACUUACAUGUACCUAGACUCGUCUCGUUC